CCGACCCAGCAGAGUCCCGUUGGCGCGCGAGUCCUUUAGCAUGGCGAGUUCGAAAGUUGUAGGUGUUGCAGUACUCCUGCUAUUGCUCGGUGUGGAGCUCAUAGCUGCCGCAAGGGUGGUGAUUCAUGCUACCGGUGGCGGUGGAGGUGGUGGUUUUGGUGGCGGAGGUGGCGGUGGCGGAGGUUCUGGGUUAGGCUCAGGCUAUGGUUCUGGGUAUGGCUCUGGAGAAGGCCAUGGGUAUGGUGGUGGUGAGGGAGCUGGGGGAGGCUACGGACGUGGCGGCGGUGGUGGUGGAGGAGGUGGGUCUGGUUAUGGAGCCGGUGGUGGCAGUGGCUCCGGUUAUGGUUCGGGGUAUGGCUCUGGGGGAGGAAAAGGAGGGGGUGGGAGAGGUGGAGGCGAAGGUGGUGGUGGUGGUGGUGGAGGUGGUUCCGGGUAUGGGAGUGCUGGUGGGAGUGGCUCCGGUUAUGGGUCGGGAUAUGGUGGUGGAUCAGGCUACGGCAGCGGUGCUGGUGUGAAUGCAGGACAUGGCGAAGGAGGGGGAGGAGGUGGCGGCGGCGGCGGCGGCGGCGGGUCGGGAUAUGGAUCAGGCUCUGGAGGGGGGUCUGGAUACGGAUCCGGGUACGGAUCUGGAUACGGAUCCGGGUACGGUGGUGGGCAAGGGUGAGCACCAUCAGUGUAGUUCCAUACCAUGGCUGAGCUCAGUAUGUUUUCCCCGGGCUUAGCCAUGGUGAUCAUGCUGCUCAUGGGGUUGCCUUGCUUUUGUAUCAUUGAAUAAGGGCAUCCCAGUUAGUUCUAUAUAAAUAUGCACAGAUAUGUAUUGACAUGCAGCACCGAGUGUUAAGAUAUAAUAUUACUGUUGAUCACAGUGUGUGUUCUUAUUUACAUGUAUUAAACUAGCGUGGUUUCCUUCUUGCUCU